AUGGACGCCGCAGAUGUCUUUCGGCAAGGGCUCGGUUCCGUAAUUCCUCGGCCUCCCCAGUACUUCUACAAUCCUCCCGGCCCUCCUCGUUCCUCCCAGCCGCCUCAGUCUGCCCCGCCUCUGCGCAGACCUCCCACAUCGCAGAGGGAUGAUGAGAGCGAUCGCAAAACGAGGUGCGACCCGACGCUCCCAAGAUGCCUGCCCUGCGAACGAUCCGGCUCCGUGUGCGAAUACUUUGAUACCACGAGGAAUAAGAAGAUAAACCGCAAUUAUGUCGUCCACCUCCAACAAAAGGUCCGCCAGCUGGAGGCGGAGCUGUCCCAGUACACCGACGAUGAUAACGAUCACCCAGAGAGCGCAGAAGAUAUAGUGCGACCAGGCGGGCUUGUCAAGCUCAGCGAGUCAGACGAGACUCCGCGCUAUCUGGGCCCCAGCUCUGGCAUAGCUAUGACGAGGUUGCUUAUGGACCAGGCCAAGCGAUACACAGACUCGCAGCGUAUAUCGGAACUAUUUCCUGACGUUCGUGCAAGGAGAAUGGAUCGUCUUGAUAGGAUGCAAAGCAUCGUCCAUAUGGGCGCAAGCGUCAGUGGCCCGUCUGGGAUGGCUGCCAGGAAGAAGAACUUUCCAAUGGUCAGUGAGAUUCCGGCCCAGAAUCUGCCGGCACGACAGGUGGCAGACAAACUCGUCGAGGUAUUUAAUUCGAGAGCACAAUAUUUCACGCCGACACUACACGAGAAGCAGUUCGCAACAGAUCUGCAAGACGUUUACAAUGGCAAUACUGACCCGUACAAGAACUUCGUGGUACGCAUGGUCCUUGCCAUAAGCUUACAAAAGCUCGAUAUCCAAUACGCUGGUCUCGCGGAUAGUUAUUAUGUAGCUGCCAUGACGUACUUUGAAGAUGUUGUUCGCCCCAAGGAUCUCAAGACACUUCAGUGUUUGGUCCUGAUUGGUACAUAUUCGCUUCUGACCCCAACACGGACCGUCGUUUACCAUAUUAUCGGCUUGGCGACAAAGAUCUGUCAGCAACUCGGUCUUGCUGACGAAAAGACAAUAUCCGCUGGAUAUUCCAUGGGACUGAUUGACCCUCUUCAGAUGGACAUGCGUCGCCGAAUGAGUUGGAUCGUGACUGGCAACGAACUCGGGCUGGCACAUUCCAUGGGGCGACCCAAUGGUUUUGCGAAAGGAGAUGACUUCAUGGACGUUCAAUUCUUCGAGACGGUUGACGACGAGAACAUCACCGAGGACGGGAUACUGCCCGGCCCCCCGAGCGAGAAGAAAUUGGUCGCGAUUCAUUUCUGCAAGAUGCGUAUACGCCAGGCUGAGAUUCGAAGAGUUCUGUACGAGAAAAAGCGGCCAGAGCCCAAGGAUGCUGACAGCCCUGUUUUCAUCGACAUGGAACGGAAAAUCAAGGACUGGAUCGAUUCGGCUCCAAACGAACCAGUAUGGUGCAAACCAUGGCCUUCGAGUCGAUCCGCUUCAAUAUGUUAUGACUCUGCGGUCUAUAUCAUCAACCUCUCCAACCAACAGGUCAAGAAGUCUGCGGUCGAUAUCACCUGGGUUUUUGUUCUGACUCUGAACAUGUCGUUGAAUGUUCUCUUGUGGGCUAUCUCGUACCGCGAAGUCCGCGAAGUACAUCCCAAAGAUGACGUGGAGGACAUCGUCAAUGUUGCGCUGGAUGUCAUUGACCAGUGUUCUGAACGGUGGCCUGGGACCAAGAAUGCAUCGCAGCUCUACUCUGUUUUUGGCCGAGCCUGCCUUCAGAGUUAUGAUACCAACGACGAUCCAUCGGAUUCUUCCAUAACGAGUAACUUCACGUCACCUUUACUGGUGGACAAUGAUUCGCCAGCGACCUCUGAGAACUCAGCACCCACUACAGUAUCAAACGGAUCAGCAUACGCACAGAAUCAGCAACGACCUGUGUUCACGCAACCUGUGUUUGGCUACACUGUUGAAUCAGCGGAGGACAUGAAUGUCUUCAACUUUGAUUCAAAUCCAUUCCGGCAACCAACAUUCCGCUCCAAUUCCAUUUUCAAGAAUCCCUCGAGCGAGCCAACCGAGGGCCGUCGCCCAUCCUUUGGAUACUUCCCACCCGAUUUCAAGCAACCGUCUCCAGGCGAGCCUCCGCACGCUGGUGAGCACACACAACCUCCGGGCGCAAAUCACCCAUCGACUCAAUCGUCGCCAGUUGGUAUGCCGCAAAAUCAACUUCCAACACCGCCAGAAUCAAUGAACACGGCACCAAACACCUUUUCGCCACCACCGACCUCAUACUCCGACGCGACUGGGAGCCCUACACCAAAGAUGACGUACAGCAGCCCUAUGCCGGUUGGUGCAACUCAGCAGCAAUCCGUACCGCCAGCGCAUAUCAAAUAUGAGCCGGCUCCAGAGGACAUGGGAUUCGAACCCCCAUCAACGCCCAACGCCCAGCCCACACCGCAACAAACACCUCAACAGCCGUCUCAUCGCACGCCAACAUUUACAGUUCCUCCGCUGCCUCUCCAUGUCGUCAAUGGCCAAAGGCAGCAGCAGCAGCAGCAGCAGCCACAACAACAGCAACAACAUCAAAGACCCUUGCCGCAACAAGCAUCACUUGGAGACUGGUUCUCCCCUCCACCGCCAUUCAUUUCACCGUACGCGUUUAACGGGAUGAACUCGCCUCACGGAGUCUGGAAUGAUUCUGCCGCAUCUAAUGCAGCCUUCUCAGGGAUCAUGGGUGGCGGUAGCUACGAAAGCACUAGUCCAACCAGUGUUCCAGGUGGUUUCGGCGGUGGAGGCGGCCAUGGUAUGCCACAGGGGUUCGGCUUCGCAGCGCAGCGGCACGGAAGCUUGAGUGCUGACCAGCAGAUGGAGCUAAUGAACAUACUCGAGACCGAUGGUGUGGGCGAAAUUAACAACUUCCUCGGGAUGGACUUGAGCGGUCUUGGGGGCGCGCCAGGACCGGAUGGGAAUAUCAGGUGGAGUUGA